AACAACAUGUUACCCAAAAUGGAGGACGGUACUUCAAGUUCGACAAGUGCGUCCUGUGGCCGCCUAUCAUCUACUCCUCCUCGUAGAAGAAAAAGAAGAAGAGGAAGGUGUUUUCCACAGAAUGAAAGUGUAAAUUUUAGCCCACAAAGUUCCGAGUACUCUGACACCAAUUACAAUGUGGAAUCCAAAAAAUCAGAGAAACGGACUCAAAUAUCAAGCUGGACGAAAGAGAGAUCGGAGACGUGCGGUCUGUAUUAUGAGAAUAAGGCAUCAACAUUUUCAGAUUUCUAUGAUCUGUUUAUUUCUUGCGGGGGGAAAACCAGAUAUGGGUUUACUUGUCCACUGGAUGGAGAAGAAAGGAGUUUGUUGGAUUCUUUAUUGGAACAAACCAAUGAAUUGAUAGAGAAACACGGUGUGGAAAUGAGGACGGAUUUAGACUGGGCAGUCGCUGCAGACUGGCCCCAUGUGUUUACCGAAUGUCGCAAAACAGUGAGGACUUUAUCUCAGAACCUCAGUCAGACAUUCAGACCAGCAACUGGGACCCACACCAGGAGUUAUGUAGCAUUAAUUCAGUUUUACAGAGCACUGCAGGACUAUGCACAGGAGGAGAUUUGGAGAAGUAAUGAUUUAAAUGGCUCAUGUUCUGCCCCUUCAGAAGUUUAUUCAGAAUUGUGUGCAAAAUUCUUUGAAAUAUUCCUGCUGAUGUUAAGGAGAGGAGAAUUACGGAAAUCCAUGAUGAUGAUAAAUGGUGUUGCCAUAUCCAGUAUUCCUGACUUGCGUCUGACAGUUUCUGCAUCUCCAAGUCUUUCUCUUUUUGUUAUUAAAAUUUUUAAGGUACAGAAGUCAGCAUUGCCUAGUUGUGUUCCAUUUGAUAUCCAUGGAGCACUGGACAAAGGAGUUCUUGGUCAACAUGCUGGGGAAUUGCUACUAGAUUAUCAUCUUUCUGUUUUCAAAGAUUUACAGGCUGUUUUUGGAAUUAUUUGCAUGCAAACAUCACUCAUUUUCACAUGUUUAAAACUUACAACAAAGCAUCAUCAGUAUAUCAGCGAACCAAGUGAAAAUGUGGCAAUAUCAGGGAAGGGGGCGGAGGACUGGUUUGAUUUGAUAAAAGACGACGACAUGGACAAAGAGGGUGAAGAUGGAGACGAAGGGAAGUCAUGUCAGAAAAAGGAAACAACAUUGAGAUCUGAAAACACAGGUUCUAGACAGAGUGGAACGAUCUUCUACACAAAACCAUAUAAUUACCUUAUUUCCAAGGAAAGGAGAGACAUAAUGGAAUUUCUAUUUUGGCUUGGAAUUAAUUGUGAAAGAAUUAAUGUAUCUGUGGAUUCAUUUCAUCAUGUGUAAUGUUCUCGGAUCAACUUUUUAAUGAACAUUAAAUGUUGCUUUAUUUCA